AUGGGGGAGAUGGCGGCAGCACACACCAGCGCCUCUGCGGCCAUGCAGCAGCAGCAGAGCGCCAGCACCAGCAGCGGCAGUGGCAGCGAUGGCAGUGCUGUGCCGGGCUCUUGGCAGCAGCUGCGCACCUAUGCGACCGGCGGGCGCGGCUUGGUACCCAGCCGCAAGCCGGCGGUGAAAAAGCCGGCGCGCCAUCAGUGGCACUACUGCGCAGUCGACUAUGACCCCAUGCUGCCCAAGCCCAGCCAGCCGUUGCCGCCUUAUGCGCCGCCACGGGCACACCUCAAGGACUACAAAGCUAUAUUCAACUCGCAGAUGCCGCGGCAUAACCGCAGGAG